CACAUCUGAAAAACAAAAAAUAUUAAUUUUUAAAUGAAAAUCUUUUUAAAAAUUGCUAAAAAUGAUGGAAUUAACAUCAGAAAGUGACUGGAUUUGUCGUUGCUGUUUGGAAAUUAUCCCUGCCGAGGACGAAAAAUACAAUAAUCUUUUAGAAAUCGCAAAUUUUGUUAAUGUUUCUUACUUGAAAGUGUUUGAAGCUGUCUCUGGAUACGAAGUAAAUGCUGAAGAGCCUCAAAAACUCUGCUUGCCUUGCAGUGAAAAGCUGUUAACUGCCUUUGAAUUGAAGAAAAUCUGUGACAAAACACAAAAAAUCCUAAAUUCCCGACUGAAAAACGUCAAAAAUGAAGUAAAAGUUGAAAUAUUUGAAUUACCCACGUUCGAGGAUGACUUCCGUGAAGAAGAUGUCGACUCGUUCCCUCACAAAAAGAAGAAAUCUCGUCGAAAAUCGUCGCCCAAAGCUUCAAAACCGCCCAAAAACGAGAAAAAAUUGUGUCCUAUUUGUGGAAUCUUUCGUUCCGCGAAGCACGUUCAAGAGCACAUCGAUCGUUCAAGCAACGUCGACACCAACGGAGUCCCAAUUUCCCGUCCUUUCACGUGCGAUCUCUGCGGACGUCAAACGGCAUCACGCAACAACAUGUUCCUGCACAUGCAAACGAAGCAUUUACGCGUAACGCUCAAGUGCAAACACUGCAAAGCCGAAUUCCGUAAUCGGGGACGUCUCGAAACGCACAUGCGAAAAAUCCACACGGAGAUCAAAGGGCUGCUGGAGUGCAAAUUUUGCGAAUUUCGUGCCGUAGAUCGGUCCACGUUGCACGUUCACAUGAAAAAACACACGGGACUGAAGCCACAUCGAUGCGAAAUUUGCCAUCACGAGUUUAUAACGAAGACAAAAUGGCGAGAUCAUGUCGCCACGCAUUCCGAUGAGCGACCUUUUGCAUGUGAGACGUGCAAUGCAACGUUCAAGACACGAAAAACGCUGAAUUCGCAUAAAAAGAUUCACAUGGAACACGAUUACGAGUGUCCCGUGUGUUCGCAUACGUAUCAGACGUCGCAUCAGUUGCGACAACAUGUGACGAAACAGCACAAAGAGUAUCCUUUGCCGCCGCCAGGCACGGUGCUGAGUAAAAGUUGGCGGAAACGGAAGGCGGAACAAGAGAUGAAGGAUUUGGCGAUGAAACAGGGAAAAGAUCAGAAGGAAAUUGAGGCGAUUCGAGUAGAGGAAGUUCCUUCAAUUAGUGAAAAAUUAUAUUUUCAAGGAUUUGGAUAGAGAAAAAAUUAUUUUAAGCCUAAAAUUGAAUAAAAAGUCAUUCUGCAGAUGAUUUCCA